CACAGGUGAUUUCACGCUCCGAGAAAAACCAAGUCGGUGGCUUGAAGGCGACAAACAUGGCGGACACCCGGCGGGAAUAUGGAGACGAGAUCAUGGAGGACGCGGACGGGGGGAUCGCCCGCGGGAAGACAGGACGACCCCCCGCGGCAGUUCGAGUGCAUUACGACGAGACGGGCCGGAUGAAGAAUGCGUCCACGGCACUCCUCGUGUGUAAGUUCUGCCACAAGGAAGUUGCGGGUCGCGCUGUGUCACUCGAAGGUCACUUGAAGAAGUGCCCGAACGCACCGGAAGAGGUGCGGCCGCCCAAGAUCGACAAGAAGGAGCGCAUGCCAGGACACUUGUCGUCGUCACAUGCGUCGUCGAUGGUCAUGGCCAUGUCCACAGCCGGGGCAUUGAAGGCCGAGACGAAGCACGCGAUGAAGAAACUGUGUACGGUGACGUCGUCGAUGGAGAGCAAGUUCAAGAAUCUGGUUGUGCCCAAACUCAACUCGAUCCAGUCCUUGCAUCUAAUGAUGCGCGACAAGCGAAGCACCCAUCUCCAGUUCAAGCAACAUGCCGAUCGUCUUAUGCGACUAUUGGCCGAGGAAGCGUUGGCAACAUGUGCGAUGGAGUUUGCGACCGUGUGGACCCCCAACGGCGUCGAGUACUCGGGGAUGCGACCCAACAGCAACGUGUGUGCGGUGCCGAUCGAGCGAUCGGGGGACAGUUUGCUCGAGCAAGUUCUGCAAUGCGACCCCGCCGUUUCCGUUGGUAACGUGAUAUACACCAACCGCAGUAUGCUUAGUUGUUGUCUUUACCCUUAUUUGUCUGGUCGUUCUAGGCAAACUCUUGAUCGAACAAGACGAAUCGUCGCCUGAAAAGAGUCCCGUCCUGUUCUAUUCGAAGCUUCCGCCACGCAUUCCCUCCUUUGACCGUGUGUUGCUGUUGGAACCGACCCUCGCGACGGGUUGUGCCGCUGUUGUCGCUAUUCGGGUAUGGCAUUAAGCUUAGACGAAGAGUCGUUCUAUCCAUAUUGGACAGGUCAUCUGAACGGUACCGUAGUUGCUGUUAGACGCGGGCGUGGACGAGCGCAACAUUGUCCUCGUGAGUGUCGUGGCAUGUCCCGUGGGCCUCACGGCGGUGUUUCAACUGUACCCGGAGGUGAAGAUCAUUGCGACCGCGAUCGACCCCGAACUGAACAGCACCAUGGACACGUCGCCGGGGCUAGGGGACUUUGGCGACCGGUACUUCAACACAAUGCAAGGGCACAAGCCGCAUGUCGGCCACGUCCUGUCGUCGGUGCGGCAUCCGCUCGGCGGCAACGUCCUCGUCGACGAGUACUCGAUAGUGUAAUAAUGUGGGGUUGUUUGGAUUUUGAAUUUGCG